AUGGCUACACGGAGCUGGCUGGACGAGCUGGCCCAGCAGGCCGAAGACGGCUCGGCCCGGCUGCAGGAAAUGCUCUCGGUCGGCCUGGGUUUUCUGCGCACCGAACUGGGCCUCGACCUGGGGCUGGAGCCGAAGCGGUACCCGGGCUGGGUGAUCCUGGUGGGCACGGGCGCGCUCGGGCUGCUGCUGCUCUUCCUGCUCGGAUACGGCUGGGCCGCGGCUUGCGCCGGCGCCCGCAAGAAGCGGAGGAGCCCGCCCCGCAAGAGGGAGGAGGCGGCGGCCGCCGCGCCGGCCCCGGCCGCUGACGACCAAGGCGUGCUGAAGAAUCUCAGGAGCGAGGAGCAAAAGAAGAAGAACCGGAAGAAAUUGCCGGAGAAGCCCAAACCAAAUGGACGGACCAUUGACGUGGCUGAGGAAGAAGUUGUCCGAACUCCUCGAGGUGUGACAGCAAAGCAGCCAAUAGAGACGGACAAGAAAAAUGAAAAGUCAAAGAAAAAUAAGAAGAAAUCAAAGUCAGAUGCUAAAGCAGUGCAAAACAGUUCACGCCAUGAUGGAAAGGAAGUUGAUGAAGGAGCCUGGGAAACUAAGAUUAGUCACAGAGAGAAGCGGCAGCAGCGUAAGCGUGAUAAGGUGCAGUCUGACUCUGGCUCAUUGGAUUCAACUGUCCCUGGGAUAGAGAGUACCACCACAGUCACCACCGAGCAACUUACAGCUGCGUCAUUUCCUGUUGGUUCCAAGAAGAAUAAAGGUGAUUCUCAUCUAAACGUUCAAGUUAGCAACUUUAAGUCCGGAAAAGGAGAUUCUACACUUCAGGUUUCUCCAGGAUUGAAUGAAAACCUCACUGUAAAUGGAGGAGGCUGGAAUGAAAAGUCUAUGAAACUCUCCUCACAGAUCAGCGCAGGUGAGGAGAAGUGGAACUCUGUUUCACCUGCUUCUACAGGCAAGAGGAAAACCGAACCAUCUGCUUGGGGUCAAGACACUGGAGAUGCUAAUGCAAAUGGAAAAGACUGGGGAAGGAGUUGGAAUGACCGAUCAAUAUUUUCCGGCAUUGCUGCUUGGUCUAGUGUGGAUAGGGGAAUGAAUACCUCUGAACAGAAUUCUGCUUCUUUUGCAUCUCUCACACUUAACUCUGCUGUUUCUGGGUCUACUGCUGAGCCAGUUUCUCAGUCUACCACUUCUGAUUAUCAGUGGGAUGUUAGCCGUAAUCAACCCUAUAUCGAUGAUGAAUGGUCUGGGUUAAAUGGUCUGUCUUCUGCUGAUCCCAGUUCUGAUUGGAAUGCACCAGCGGAAGAGUGGGGGAACUGGGUAGAUGAAGAAAGAGCCUCACUUCUGAAGUCCCAGGAACCAAUUCCUGAUGAUCAAAAAGUUUCAGAUGAUGAUAAAGAAAAGGGAGAGGGAGCUCUUCCAACCGGAAAAUCUAAAAAGAAAAAAAAGAAAAAGAAGAAGCAAGGUGAAGAUAAUGCUCUUGCACAGGAUACAGAGGAAUUAGAAACAGACGUUAGAGAGGAGCCUCCGGUGAACACCUCUAAAGUCCGUCCAAAGCAGGACAAAGCUUUUUCUCUGAAGACCAUGAGCACUAGUGAUCCAGCUGAUGCAUUAAUCAAAAAUAGCCAGCCUAUCAAGACUCUUCCACCUGCUAUUUCUACCGAGCCAUCUGUUAUUUUAUCAAAAAAUGAUUCUGACAAAAGCUCUUCCCAAGUGCCACCGAUGCUACAAGAAACAGAUAAAUCCAAGUCAAAUGCUAAGCAAAACAGCGUGCCUCCUUCACAGACCAAGUCUGAAACUAGUUGGGAAUCUCCCAAACAAAUAAAAAAGAAGAAAAAAGCCAGACGGGAAACGUGA